GCGCUGCGUGCUCGCGCCCGCCGUCUGCAGGGCUGGCUGGCUCGCGGGCUGGCUCGCUCCCGUCCCCCGCCGCUCGGAAGGAAGAUGGUGGCGAGCGCCCGGGUGCAGAAGCUGGCCCGCCGCUACAAGCUGGCGAUCGCCACCGCGCUGGCCAUCCUGCUCAUCCAGGGCCUGGUGGUGUGGAGCUUCAGCAGCCUGGAGGAGGACGACCACGGCGAGGGACGGCAAAAAAAGGCCAGGCUGCCCGAAAACAGCGAAGGCUCCAAAGAUUCGGACAGCUCAGCUGGUCGCCGGGGGAGCGCGAGCCGGAAGCAUGGGCGGUGGAAGGGCCGCCCGGAAAGCCCUGGAGUGCUGGUGGCCAAGGUGGUGAGAGCCGUCACCGCAAAACACAAACCUGGGCGAAGGCUCCCCGCGGCCCGGGACGACUCGAGCAGGAGGAACCGGACAGAGCUGCGUGGGGAUGCCCAGCUGGCCGUCUUCCAGCACGGCGACACGGGCAGCGUGGAGGGGGCUCCCCAGCCCACCGAGAACAGCUUCACCCCCAAGUGUGAGAUCACGGGCAAAGACGCCCUCUCGGCGCUCGCGAGAGCCAGCACCAAGCAGUGCCAGCAGGAGAUCGCCAACGUGGUGUGUCUGCACCAGGCAGGGAAUUUGAUGCCCCGCUCUGUGCCCCGGCACUGCCAGCUGUCAGGGAAAGUCAGCCCCGUGAUCCAGUGGGACGAGAGCAAGACGCACCAGGCCUCCGUGAGCAAGCCGGUGCGGAUUGCGUACAUGCUGGUUGUUCAUGGGAGGGCCAUCCGCCAGCUGAAGCGGCUCAUCAAGGCUGUGUACCACCAGCAGCACUUCUUCUACAUCCACGUCGACAAGCGCUCCAACUACCUGCACCGCGAGGCCCUGGAGCUGGCCCAGCACUACCCCAACAUCCGGGUCACGCCCUGGCGCAUGGUCACCAUCUGGGGCGGCGCCAGCUUGCUGAAGAUGUACCUGCGCAGCAUGAAGGACCUGCUGGAGAUCACGGACUGGCCCUGGGACUAUUUCAUCAACCUGAGCGCCACUGACUACCCGACCAGGACCAAUGAGGAACUGGUGAUGUUCCUGACCAAAUACCGAGAUAAGAACUUCCUGAAGUCUCACGGCCGAGAUAACGCCAGGUUCAUUAAGAAGCAGGGCCUGGACCGCCUCUUCCACGAGUGCGACUCCCACAUGUGGCGGCUGGGCGAGCGGCAGAUCCCGGAGGGCAUCGUGGUGGACGGCGGCUCGGACUGGUUCGCGCUGACGCGGAGCUUUGUGGAGUACGUGGUCUACACGGAGGACCAGCUGGUGUCCCAGCUGCAGCAGUUCUACACCUACACGCUUCUGCCAGCCGAGUCCUUUUUCCACACCAUCCUGGAGAACAGCCACGCCUGCGAGACUCUCGUCGACAACAACCUCCGGGUGACAAACUGGAACCGCAAGCUGGGCUGUAAGUGCCAAUAUAAACACAUAGUCGACUGGUGUGGGUGCUCCCCAAAUGACUUCAAACCCCAGGACUUCCUGCGGCUACAGCAACUCUCCAGACCCACGUUCUUUGCCAGGAAGUUUGAGUCGACGGUGAACCAGGAAGUUCUGGAGAUCUUGGAUUCUCACCUCUAUGGUAACUACCCGCCCAACACGCCAGCCCUCAAGGCCUAUUGGGAGAACGUCUACGACCGUGUGGAUGGGCUGAGCGGGCUCAGUGAUCUCAUCCUGACUGUGUACACAUCCUUCUCCAGGCUAGGGCUGCAGAAAGUGACCUCAUCCCAGAUGCAGAAGGCAGAGAAAUUCUGCAGAUUUGAGCCCCAUGGCUUCCCAUCCAGCGUGCAUCUGUAUUUCUACGACGACCGUUUCCAGGGUUACUUGGUGAUGCAGGAGGUGCAGAACUCUGGGACGGGGCAGGUGGAGUCUCUGGAGAUGUGGAUGAUGCCGCGAGGGGCCCUGAAGCUGGCAGGUCACGGAGGACAAACUAACCGACUACAGAACCUGGAGGUGGGCACAGAGUGGGAUCCCAAGGAGAGGAUAUUCCGGAAUUUCGGGGGCCUGAUUGGGCCUUUCGACGAACCAGUGGCCAUGCAGAGAUGGUCCCGGGGGCCUAACCUCACCGCCACCGUGGUUUGGAUCGACCCCACCUACGUCAUCGCCACAUCCUACGACAUCACCGUGGACGCGGAAGCGGAGUUCACGCAGUACAAGCCCCCUCUCAACCGGCCCCUGCGCCCCGGGGUCUGGACCGUCCGCCUCCUCCAGUUCUGGGAGCCCCUCGGAGAGAACCAGUUCCUGGUGGUGCCACAGACCUUCAACCACAACCAACCUGUUGGGAAAGAUGACAGCAGCUGGUUACAUGGGGGUCCCCCCCGCAAUGAGUAUAUGGAACAAAACUUCCAGGGGCUGGGUGGGAUUUUGAACCUGCCGCGCUCGGAUGAGGUGGAGAAGGAGGCCCUGCGGAACGCGCAGCUGAUGGGCAAGGCCCUGGAGGACUGGACGGACAGCAGCAUCGGCAGCUUCUGGUCGGUGGCGGAUCUCUGCGUGAGCAGCCCCUCCAGCUGCUCCUCCCUGGACACGUGCAGCAAAACCUCCUGGAGUUCGCUUUCCCCAGACCCCAAAGCAGAACUGGGGGCCAUCAAACCUGACGGGCGACUGAGGUAGCAGGGGCAACCUGGGGCAGAGAAAACGGAACAAGGGAGCGUCCCCCACGGCGAACGUGAGGGGGGGAAGCGCACGUGCCCCCAGGGGGGAUUCUCUUGUCUGUCAUCCCGUGAAAUGGCACCUUAUUCACUCGGGGAAGAGAGAGAGGAACCUUCAGGCGGCGGAAAAACUUUCCUGUUUCAUUUUGGGGGGAGGUGCUGGAACAGGAGUCCCACCCACCUCUCCCAGGAAUGGGCACUGAGUGGCUGGAGAGAGCAUGCGGAAGCGCCCGUCACCAGGGCACAAGGAGGGUGCUGGCAGAUGGGAGGAGCGGCGUAUUUAUUGAAUCCGUGCAGGUGUGACUCAGGUGUUGGGGGGGGAACCCGGCUGAUCUGCCAGUUCUGGGUUACCCCGGCACACCCCCUGCCCUGCCCCUCCCAGUCCGUGGCUGAAUCUCUGUGGGAUCAGGACUCACGCUGCUGAUCUUCCACAUUCCUGAGCGAUUGCUGGCAGAGGACUCUGGGGACAAGGGUCUAUGGGGAGCACCAGAGGCAGGGGCUGUCCUGCCCGUGUCCUUGGAGAAGCUGCUGCUGGCUUGAUGCCUGCAUCUCAUCCCCCUCCACCCUAUCCUCUUAGUUUGUAUUUUUAUAAAUAUAUAGAUAAAUAUAUAUGAAGCAAAGUGCAAUAGAGACACAGGCCCUCGUUGGCCAGGGAAUCUGUGACUCCUCUCCCCUUCGCUGUAAUGUACUUUGUUCUCUUGGUGGCUCGGGGGUAGGGUGGAGGGUGGAGGGGGUUGAGUAUUUCAUUUCCUUGUGGUGGCUGCUGGGAAUCAAACCUUGCUGUCCCUGGGUGAGGUCGGUUCCCCUCCUGCUCGCCAGGGGGUGCUUCGUCAGGCAGGUUCUCUGUAGCAGCCGAGUGCCAAGGCUUCCUGGAGCGGGGCUGCCAACUGUGCCAAACAUUCACACCUGCUGGUGUUUCUCGUGUGAUGGCUGGAGCUUGGGAAGGGGGAAGCGAAGCCCCCGGGCUCACCCAGGUCACUCCUCUAGUGACUGAAGUCUGAGAGGUCCCCAUUGACUCCACUGGCUUAGAGGGAGGCCCAGCAGGGGCUGCUUGGGUGGAUGAAUUAACCCUCCCACCCCUAUAAAGUGUCUGCCCUGCCCCAGACGGGUGUUCAGUGCUGUAUCCAGUUAGCCCACUCACUGGGCUCAGUGUGAAUUUCCCUCCCCUGGGUUGGCAGAAACCUCACAGCCUCUCCACAUACCUGCCAUGGCUUCCACCGCGAAGAGCCAAGGCUUAGGCCAGCUUUGCCCAACCCCCUCCGUCCCGUUCGAGCCUGACUAAAGCAGAGCGCUACUUCCCCCUCUUCCAUGGAGGCUAGAGCCCAGUCUUCAGAAGCUGCCCAGACACUAUGGGGAUGGGGGCCUCAUAAGCUACCUACGUGACAACAUCCUCCAAGGCCUGGGGGGGUGGGGCUCGUAGGAUCCUCCCCCCCACAACGUUCACACCACUUUCAAGACCCCCUUUUGUUUGGCUCCUAACCCUGGGCUGAUCUCAGCGAGUGGGUCCCAAACGCUGAGCCCCCGCUUGAAUUCGCCGUGGUGACGGGAGCUGGGGUAAGAUGAAUUCUCUGCCCUAGGGGUGAGCCUCUGUGUGACAUAUUAUACUGCAGAGGGAAUGCACAGACUGACUCUUGAGUCAGGACUCCUGCAAAGGAGCUGGGGAGCUGGACGCUGUUCAGUGGGAAUGAGCCCAUUUUUCGAAGUGCUGACCCAGAUACGAACUUACCCAGCAUUCAGGAAUGUUCUGCUGGGGGGUGUCAAUGUGACCCAUUCUAGGGCAAGAGCUCACAGGCGGUUCUGGAUCAGAGGGGCUGAUCUGGGUUCAUCUCUGGUUUUAACUUGAUCAUCUCCCUGUCUCUGGUUCAAGUAGGGGGAAGGUGCUGAAGGGAACAUGUUGUAAGAUAAGUUCCUUCUCUAGCCAAAUGGGCCUCGCCAGACCCACAGCGGUCAGAGACCUCCAUACCUCUCUGGCAGAUGAUCCCAGUGAGGAUAGAUGACACGUGUGCCUAUGCCCCACCGCCUCCGUCCCCUCACUUUUAGCUGGGCACGUGAGGCAGUAGCACUAGGGCUGGGAAGGGACUCGGCCUGGAACGUGUUCUGUGUUCACAAGUAAACCUGGUGGUUGGAAAUAAGUGGGAGAAACUAUGCAGGGCUUGGCCCCUGUUCCAAAGAGGUAACGCUGAAAGCUUUGUGUCAGAAGCAUUAUGUAAAGUUGUCUUAAAUAUGCAACACCACCACAAAUAUAGCUGUAUCUCUA